AUGUCUAUGCUCGACAAAUUCCGCGCUGGUGCUCGCAAGGCCCAGCUCCAGGCCACUGCCUUUAUGCAGGAGGGUGGCUCUCGUAUGCAGCAAGAGUCUGCCGCUCUCGUCAGGGGAUUUUCGUUGCCAGGAGAGGCUGAAAAAGCAGCAAAGAUCCUCGAGAGUUUCCUUGGUGAGCAAAAUAAUAAUAACAUGAAUAAUCGGUAUUUGGAUCCAUUAACGUCUCCUACCAAUCACAAUCCAAUAGCCAAUCCCGACCAUCCCGAGUCUGCUCUCAACGCCAUCCCCAAAGCUGUCCUCCAGAGUGCUCGUGGACUUGCUGUCUUCCAGGUUAUCAAAGCAGGUUUCGUCUUCUCUGGAAAAGCAGGCUCUGGUAUCGUUCUUGCUCGCCUUCCAGACGGAUCAUGGAGUGCUCCCAGCUGCAUCGGUACCGCUGGUGUAGGCUGGGGUCUUCAGAUUGGCGCUGAUAUAACCGACUUUGUUAUCGUCCUCAACUCGGAGGAAGCCGUGCGCGCAUUCUCCAUGGGUGGAAAUGUGACUAUUGGGGGAAUAUUUCAGCUUCGGCUGGGCCAAUCGGGACGGGAGGUGCCGUCCAAGCGAGCUUGGCUAGCCCUGCACCCAUGUUUAGCUACUCCAAGAGUAAAGGUACGGUUGUUUGCCGGUUUGAGUUUGGAAGGAACUAUCUUGAUUGAGCGUAAAGACGCAAAUCGCGAUUUCUACGGUUCGGAUGUCCCCGCCAAGGACAUUCUGAGCGGAAGAGUUCCUCCACCGGAGGUUGCUGGAAAGAUGUACGAGGUGAUCGAAGCCGCCGAAGGAUUGGACGAAUCUGGCCUUCCCUCGAGCGCCUACGUACCCGAUGCGACUGGUGCACACCAACCAGUGCCACAGGGUGGCUACACUGUCGGUGGACAGGGACAGAGCACCACUGUCUUUGAUGCCGAUCAACACUAA